GAAUGAACGCACUGUCGGUUACAGACGCCCAGAGAGUGGCGGAGGCAAUCCAAACACACCCUCAGAGAGGAGCGAGCUAUCUUGUUCAUCACUAAAAAACGGAGACACCACUAUCCUAAAGCGAAGCGGUCGUGUUUAGAGGUAUCUCUGGACAACCAGACCUGGGCAAACAGGAGUUGCUGCUUUAAACUACAGAGGUGAGGAAGAACAGGCCAGGAGAUAAGCAAGCAGCAGUCUGUGUGUUUAGAGGUAUCUCUGGACAACCAGACCUGGGCAAACAGGAGUUGCUGCUUUAAACUACAGAGUUAAGGAAGAACAGGCCUGCAGAUAAGCAAACAGCAGUUACUUGGGGAGAUUGAAUGUCCUGUGUCUGCAUUGGAGAGGCUGCAGUAAGGCAUAAGAAAGAGAGCCAUCAGCAGACUGUGACAAUUAAAUAUUGGUUACCUAUGGGUUCAUCAUAUUGUCAGUGUUGGCGAAUGUGAGCAGCCCUAUACACUGCAUCUAGAUAAUAGAAGUGACCUUCAUCCAGCCUCUCUCUUUCUAUCUUUAUAAUAUUUGCACUCAAAAAUACCUCAUUAAUGCUACCAUAUAUCCUGUCAUCUGCUACCAGAAACACUGAUUUGGGCAUCUCGGAGUGCACAACGUAAGAAAUCAACAAGGACCAAGCCUGCACUUUUCAUUAAGUUUACCAAACCCCUUAUCUUAGCUGCCAAGUUGACAAGAACAAGGAAUCUCCUUUAAGAGUCACUCAGAGCUAACAAGGUAGAAGCAGUGAGGGAGUAAAAAGAGGGAGAGAAAAAGAGAAGAGGGAGGGUGGGAGGAGAAGCAGAGUGAAUUGGCGCUCAAGUGUGAGCGAGUGAGCAAACAGAAAGCUGUGAGUAUCUACUGUAACCAAUGGCGCUCUGAUAAGACAUUUCAAAGCCACGCUUUCCUACUGAAGAAUCCAACGAAAGAGAGGAUCAGAGCCUUAUGCUUAAGCAAACGGACAAACAAAUGGCCUUUUAUUUGAGGAGCAACAGUUCAAAUGGACUCUUCUGAGACAACCAUAAUUGAAGACGAAUUGCUAUGAGACCUACUGGACAAGAGGGAUCAUAAUAGUGACUUUAUAGUUAUUACAACUGCCUUGAAAGUCCAAAGGAGAGCAGAAGAGGAAUAUUUGUAAUGGAUGGAUUUCCUUGGGGUUGUUGUCAGUGCUGAUCCAUCACUUUGUUGGUGUGCUUGGGUCUCUGUCUGUGAUUUGCCCCCAUAUACUGCCUGAAGGGAAAGCGAGCUGGUGAGUGGACUGGAACAAGUCAGUCUCACACUGGACCACUUGAGCUUUCUGGAGGAGGACAGAGUUAAGUGGAGAGUACAGUAUGGGGAAGUCAAACAGCAAGCUCAAACCAGAGGUGGUGGAGGAACUGACCAGGAAGACGUACUUUACAGAGAAAGAGGUUCAGCAAUGGUACAAGGGCUUCAUAAAAGACUGCCCAAGUGGUCAGCUUGAUGCUGCAGGCUUCCAGAAGAUCUACAAGCAGUUCUUCCCCUUUGGUGACCCCACCAAGUUUGCAUCAUUUGUCUUCAAUGUUUUUGACGAGAACAAGGAUGGACGGAUUGAGUUCUCAGAGUUCAUUCAGGCCCUGUCGGUGACCUCACGUGGGACCUUGGAUGAAAAGCUUCGCUGGGCCUUUAAGCUCUAUGAUCUUGAUAAUGAUGGCUAUAUCACACGCAAUGAAAUGCUCAAUAUAGUGGAUGCCAUCUAUCAGAUGGUGGGAAACACGGUGGACCUUCCAGAAGAUGAAAACACACCAGAGAAGAGAGUGGAUCACAUUUUUGCCAUGAUGGAUAAGAAUGCUGAUGGAAGGCUGACUCUGCAGGAGUUCCAGGAGGGCUCAAAGGCAGAUCCCUCUAUUGUACAAGCUCUGUCUCUCUAUGAUGGCCUAGUAUAGUAGCACCUUCUCUCAAGGAUAAAGACACAGCAAAGGAUCCAGUGCAGCGCCAUUCCACCAUGCUAUGCGCAAGAUGAGUCUUGUCUUUAAUUGACUUCUCAUUCUGGACCCUCAGAACUGAGAGCUGCAUGAGACAAGGACCACAAGAGCUCAUCCUCAUCUUCUCACCAUAAGCAAAUCACAUGUGACCUUUUUUUUUUUUGGCAUUCAACAAUAACAAACAGGCAAAGGAGGAAAUUGUCAUCCUGAAAAGUGUUUGUGUAGGUGUAUAUGUGUGAUUGCAUGUGAAUGCUAUACUGAAGAAUCCCACUGGAUUUUCACAAGUGCUUGUUUUCUAAUGAACAAAUGCACUGGAGACUUUGAUGGCACUGAUUGUUUAAAAAAGCAUGUUGAGAAACAUAUAUUAUUUAUGUAAAUAUGUGUAAACAUUUUAUAUUUUUUAUCAUAUUUUGCUGGGAUAUAUAGGGAAGUGCUCUUUAUCUAUAAUUGAUUUCUUUACCUUUAACCUUGAAGUAUAUGGAUUUGCAGCUGAUUCUUACUGCUUCUUCGAAUGAAAGAGUGUAAUCCUGUCUUGCUUGUUAUUCAGAUCUAUGAAUGUGAAAGGAACUUAAUUUAUUACAUUUGUGCUGCGCAGCUCCCAUUGUGUAGCGUGUGCUGUUCCUCCCUUGCUAGCACAAAUCAUUACAAAGUCCUCAAGCCACAUCCGAAACAAGGCACUGUAACCAAGCAACAUGCAACACUGUUAUUCUUGAACAGCUACAUAUCAGAAUUGAUGUAUGUACCUUUAGAAUAGAGAAGCAAACAGGAUAUCUUUCUUUUUCUCUGUCUGUAAAGGCUCCAGUAUCUGCUAGCUUAAAAUAGACCUUUGCCUUU